AUGAGGGAUGAAAUAGUGCAUAAAGUGAAAGCUAAUACGGAUGGUGCUGCUGUCAAUGCUAACUCUGCUUGUGGCGGUCUCUUUCGCAACAGCUUCGGAGAUUUCAUUUUUGGUUUUGCUGAGAAUUUAGGUAAUAACAAUGCUUCUUUUGCUGAAGUUUCUGGAGCCUUGAGAGCUAUUGAGAUUGCUCAACAGUAUAAUUGGAAUCAUUUGUGGCUGGAGACAGAUUCUUCCCUAGCUGUCAAAGCUUUCAACAAUCUUGCGUCAAUUCCUUGGUCUCUUCAUAAUAGAUGGUUUAGUUGUCGGGCCUACAUUAGACAGAUCCAUUUUUUGAUUACUUACGUGUAUAGAGAAGCUAAUUCGUACGCCGACUUGUCGGCAAAUGAAGGAGUUUUUGUAGAUGGUUAUCAGACCUUCUUUGAUCCUCCGCAAAAUCUAUUCCCUAAUGUUUUGUCCAACAAGUUAGACAAACCUAACUUUAGAUUUACACACUUUUGA